GUAGUAAAAUCUCAUUUGCUUAUUGGCAAGGGUUGUUUUCAAACCUCGUUUGAGUCUUCUUAGUGAAGCCAAACAAGUUAGUGGAGGUUAAAUCCUUGAGGAGGAGCCUCGAGGUGAACACCAAGUGCCUACGCCAAUGGACAAGCUCACAACCGACGAUAAGAAAAAACUCUCUUUGAAUGCCAAAGCAUUAAAUGUGUUGUUUUGUGCAUUGGGUCAAGAUGAGUUUGCUAGGGUGAGCUCUUGCAAAUCCGCAAAGGAAGCAUGGAAGCUCCUAAAAGCCACCCAUGAAGGAGAUAAAGACACAAAAGCUACCAAGAUAGCUUUAGGAACAUCCGAGUAUGAAAACUUCAAGAUGAAGGCCAGAGAAUCCGUUCAAGAUAUGAACAAACGAUUCGACCUCAUUGUCAACAAUUUGAGUAAGCUAAAUAAAGUUUAUCCUACUAGUGAGAUAGUCGAGGCGGUUGAGAUCCCUCUUCAGUCCGAGCCUCGCAACCAGAGGCGCACUGCCCUGGAGGACUCGGGGAUCCGAGCGCGGAAGUGCACCCUCACGGCUGAGGAAUUUCGCAAGGCGAAGCGCCUAGCCUUGGCGCCAGGUGUGACCGUGCGUCGUCCCACCCCCGAGCAGUUAGUCUAUGAUGCUCCUUCGGGUUUCUUUGCUGUCCACCUCAAAUCCCACGAGUACGGGUUUCGUUUCCCCCUCCAUCAGUUGGUCAUAGAUUUUUUCCAACAUUUUGAUCUUCUCCCUUGCCAAGUCGUGCCCAAAUCCCAUCGUUACUUGGCCGGGUUCCUCGUCCGUUGCCAAGGGACCGGGGUUCGCCCCGAUCUGGCUCGCUUCCUGUUGCUCUUCCGGUUGGCGAAGUCAUCUGGUCGGGCCAACUUCGACUCGGGUUCGUACGCCUCUAUCUUCCAGAGGCAGAAGAGGCUUUUCAAGACGAGGAAGGACUCCGCCAAGAGUUGGAAGGGGAAGUUCAUCUUCGUUUCUCUCUCCUCGGGCUCCCCUUUUCGUGAAAUCAUGCUCUCCAGCGCCGAGCGGAUGAAGCUCAUGUUCCCGGACGCUCCGAGCGGCAACUCCCAGGCUCCUCCCUCGGGCAGCCGUCCCCCGACUCCCCCCGUGAAGCCGACACCCGAGACGGCGCAGAAGAAGAAGAGGAAGGAAACGGCCUCGGCCGCCGAAGCUUUGCAGGGGUCUGAGUCCCCCAUGAUGAAGGACUUCGGCCAUCCCAAAUACGUCAAGGCGGCCUUCCCCGCUCGGGCGAUGAUGCGCAUGGUCGACAUGAUCCAGCGGCUGCGCGCCAGCGAGGACGACCGGAGCAGGGCUUAUGUUGAGAUAGCCAACCUCAAUGAGGCGUUGAAGGCGGCCAAGGAGCAAGCUCGCCAGGCCGAGGAGCGGGCUCAGCAACUCGCGGAGGACGCUGCUCACAAGGCGCGCCAGGAGGCUCGCGAUCAAGCCGUUGCCGAGUUCCUAGCAUCGGAUGCAUUUCAGGAGGAAGCCUUCACUCGCAUGAAUGAUUUGCUCAAGGCAUGGGGACAGACUCAUGAGGGGAAGGCAUUCGCUCGCUCCGAAGGAACGUCGUGGUACAACCUCGGUCUGUUCCGAGCGCAGCAAGUCCUCUCGGAAAGGUUCCUCGCCGGGGAGGACUUCCCCGAGCCAUGCGACAUUCCUGAUGAGCUCGACACUUCCAUAUACUACCCGAAUGGCGGGAACUCAGCUGGCGAGCAGCCGAGUGCCGAGUGAUAUGACUUGAAACUUUGUUGUAUUUGAUGUACUGCUGCUCAAGACUAUUUUUUUUGAAUUCGGAUAUGUUAUGACCCGAUGCUUUGUACGGAUGUGCUAUGCCUCUCUUUUGUGUUUAAUUUUACUUCGUCGUUUCUUUGAACUUGCGAACUCGCCCCUUCCCUCGCCCAACCUGAGCUCGGCCGUGCCGAAGAGAGGGUACCUCGGGGCUUGGUCCCUUUUUUGUCUCCUCGUUAACCGAGACAACCUUGGGACCUGGGACCUUU